AAAGAAGAGAGAGUCAUCAUGUAAAUAUAUAUUUAAGAUCAAAUGGAAAAGCUAAUCUGGCACAUUUAAGCUCUGCUUAAAUAUAUGAAGAUGGUGAAAGCAAAUCAAUUCCAGGAGUACACAGAAGGAAAAAUAUCCAGACACUACAAGUUUACAAUUUAGAAGUUCACUCCCGUAUACGGCAAUACUUCCAUAUGAGCAGACAUAGUAUGCUUCGUAUCUUCUGCACUGAAAUUCUUCAUGCAAUCCAUAAGAACAAAGGAGUGCUGCAAGAAAUUUAAAUAAAUACUACUUGCCACAUUAUCAAUAAUAAUAGAGGAUGAAACUGACUUAUAUCUAAAUUAGAAUAUACAUCACUGGAAACUACAUGAAAGUUAAUUAUGAAGCAAUCCAGCCUAAACUCAAAACUAUCACUCUGCUCUGCUACCAUGCCUAAGACCGGACAUCUGCAUUAUUUGCAACUAUUGAUCAUUCUCCCUUGUUAUUGCAAAUGCACAAAUCAACUAUUCGAGGUUGUAAGGGUGACUACCUCUAAUUAGGUAAAAAUAACUUACAUAUAUUCCCACUUUUCUACUCUCUUACCACUCAUCAAAUCCCAAUGAACAGGCUUAGGACUAUCUUUUAAACAAAAAGGCAGGAAACAAAGCAGAAAUGUCCACGGGAUGGGGAUUUUGUUCUUUCUUCUUCCAGCAAUUCAUAUCCAUUUUCAAAGUUAAUCUUUUAUUGAUAGUUAUUGCUUCAAAUGACUACCGCCAUUCUAGCAGAGCAUUCAGUUCUGGACUUAGUUGUAAUUGUAACCGAUCACAAAGACUUCAGGAAAUCAUCAGCCGUCAUGAUAAUGAAAAAAUUGAUACUGUGAAGAAAACAGCUUCGCAAGAGGUCACCAUGGUGUAUAAAUUGCUGAAGUACACGUGUAAUCUAGCAGUUAUCACAAAGCAUGUUUGGGCUAAAAAUAAUGUAAGCACAAUAAAAAGCAGAAAAUAAUAAUGGUCAUUCAAAUGCACACUGAGUGGUCCAACUACACACGUUACAUGUACAGCAUGUCCAGACCUACAAGUUUAAGCAUAGAGAAGCAACAAAAAAAUAAUAAACUAUCUCUUCCAAGUUCCAAAGACGUAUCCCUCAUAUUGAAACCAUUAUUCUAAGGUUUG